AUGAGUAAUGAAGAUUAUGGAUAUGAUUAUGACUACCUUUUCAAAAUCGUGCUGAUUGGGGAUUCAGGUGUGGGGAAAUCAAACUUAUUGUCUAGAUUCACAACAAACGAGUUCAACUUGGAAUCUAAAUCCACUAUCGGUGUGGAAUUUGCUACAAGAACUAUUGAAGUGGAAGGUAAGAAAAUUAAGGCUCAAAUUUGGGACACAGCAGGUCAAGAACGUUAUCGUGCUAUCACUUCAGCCUAUUACAGAGGUGCUGUUGGUGCAUUGAUUGUUUAUGAUAUAAGUAAACCCUCUUCCUAUGAAAACUGUCAACAUUGGUUGACUGAAUUGAGAGGUAAUGCCGAUGCUAAUGUAGCUGUGGGGUUAAUUGGGAAUAAAUCCGAUUUGGAUCAUAUGAGAGCAGUUCCUACUGAUGAAGCUAAGAAUUUCGCUCAAGAAAAUCAAUUGUUAUUCACAGAAACCUCCGCUUUACAAUCAUCAAACGUAGACCAAGCUUUUAGAGAAUUGAUCACAGCUAUAUAUCAAAUGGUAUCUAAACAUCAAGUAGAUAUGGCUGCUAAUGACAACGAUCCAAAUUCAAAUUCAAAUAAUUCAAGUAAUAAUAAAUCAAAUAAUUCUCCAAAUGGGCCAACCAUUAGUUUAACUCCUGCUCCAAAUGAAAAGAAGACAAAGGCUUCAGGAAAUUGUUGUUAA